CGCAAAUAGAUACACAUAUACAUACACACACACACACAUGUUGGCAUCUCUCCUUGAAGAACUUUGAAAAAGUUGAUCUCAAACAACUUAGCUCGGGUUUUAAUCUGCUCCAAUUUCUCGAAUAUGUCGACACAAAUUCGCUGAUUUAAAUUCUCUUAUCUUUAAAGACCAACAAAUCAUUCCUCAAAUCGAUUACAUUGAGUUUGAAACAACUAAUUUGAUCAAAUAAUCUAUAUAUAGUCAUAUAUAAAAGAUAUAUAAACAGAAAGCUCUUCAUAUAUGAAGGGUUUAAGGCUAUAAAGAUAGGUAUAUAAUUAUAUCGAUAAAUAAGGGUUUUUUGGGUUUUUUUAAUAUAUAAGAGGAAAUGCUAGGGGCAGGAUUGCAGAUUAAUAGGAGUAGAAAUGGGGAAGAUCGGUUUUACAGCGUACCGAGGGCUCGCCGGAGUCGAGAUCACCUGCGGAGAGCCCAAAGUGACAUCACCGCUAGUCGCUACCAGAGCCGAGCAGGUGAGCCUCUGGAAAAAGCCAGGCUGGCUGAUGCUGUGCCGAUGGUGGCGGCAACCGAGCCGUCACCUCCUUGUAAUCUGGAGAGGUUCCUGGAGUCGAUCACCCCUUCAGUUCCGGCUUCACAUUUAUCCAAGACGACUAUUAGGGGAUUGAAAACGAGCAAUGUGGAGUUUCAGCCAUAUUUUGUGCUUGGUGAUUUAUGGGAGUCAUUCAAGGAAUGGAGUGUAUAUGGUGCUGGAGUGCCGUUGAUAAUGAAUGACAGUGAUUCCGUGGUUCAAUAUUAUGUGCCCUAUUUAUCGGGUAUUCAAUUGUACGUUGACCAUUCAAAGAGUUCAGCUAAAUCAAGGCAACUUGGUGAGGAAAGUGACAGUGAUAGUUUUGCGGAUUCUAGUAGUGAUCGAAGCAGCGACUGCGGACUGGAUAGAGGUGGCUUGAAUUAUUCAAGCCAACAACAUUGUUAUCGUUGUCAAUCAAGUGAUAAUCCUCUUAGCAUUGACCGAUUGUCUGUGAGUGAUCAGAAUAUGGCAUUUCAAGAAGGUUUUUCUAGUGAUGAAGGUGAACCUGGAAGUUCGCAAGGUUGCUUGCUGUUUGAGUAUCUCGAAAGAGACCAACCUUACAGUCGAGAGCCUUUGGCGGACAAGAUAUACGAUCUUGCUUUCCGCUAUCCUGAACUCAAAACCCUGAGAAGUUGUGAUUUACUCCAUUCCAGUUGGAUUUCUGUGGCCUGGUAUCCUAUUUACAGGAUACCAAUGGGACCAUCACUCAAUGAUUUGGAUGCUUGCUUUCUAACUUUUCAUUCUCUUCAUACCCCCAUGACAGGUAACGAGGCUAUCCAUCCUCCAGUUGUUACGUAUCCCAGUGAGAUGGAUGGUGUUCCCAAGAUUUCAUUGCCAGUUUUCGGUCUUGCUUCGUACAAAUAUAAAGCUUCAUUGUGGACUCCAAAUGCAGGAUGCCAGCACCAAUUGGCAAACUCCCUCUUGCAGGAUGCUGAUAAUUGGCUGAAGUUGCUACAGGUCAACCACCCGGAUUUCCUUUUCUUCUGCCGUUGAUGAAAUCUAGAGAUGGCAUCAGAACUGUCAUGGCUUCAACAUUUUAAAGUUUUGAUACCAUGUCGUCCUAGAAUCUAGUAGGAAGUUUGAGAAAUGGGUUCUUUUCCAUGUUAUUAUUCCGUUGUUAAACUAUUAUGAUAAGUGACUAAUCCAACCCAACUCUCAAGCCCAG